CUGACGUACGACAAAGUGCAGUUUCCGGUGCAAUGACGCGCCGAACAGCACGGCGUUUUCGUGACCACGCCUGAGCUCGAUUUGGGCUUCCAGGAGUCGCCUGUAGUCUACUCGGUCCAAGUUGCAAGCACAGUGACGGGAGCGCUGCAGGAGAUGCGUUCAGUCUCCUCCUCCGCCUUGUCACCGCCGAGGCGCGCAUCUCCUCGCUGACGAGCUCGCGCUCCUCCAGACGCGCACACGCCCUUCCAGCCGCCGCCGCCGCCGCGGGCGCCGCCACGACGCGUCGCUCAUCCCGUCCCGGGGAGCACAAGAUGCAGGAGGCGGGCGCCUCUCAGCCGGCUCCCCAGCGGGCCUUGAGCGUCCUGGAUCGUCUGCUGCUGACACACCCGGUUUGGCUUCAGCUGUCACUCAAGCAAGACUCCGCCCUCUACAUUCUGCUGAGAGAGCCUGUCGGGACAUUCUUGGUGCGCAAGUGCAGCUUGAGUCAGAGGAAGGUUCUCUGUGUGAGGGUCACGGCAGACAGGAGUUGGUCCUCCGUGAAGGAGUGCUUCAUCUGUGAGGAAGACUACACGUUCGCCUUGGAGAGCUCGGCGCUCAGCUUCCCGGACUUGUGUCGCCUGGUGGCCUUCUACUGCGUCAGCAGGGACGUCUUGCCUUUCCCUCUUCAGUUGCCGGACGCCAUCGCCAAGGCCACGACGCACCGGCAACUGGAGUCCAUCUCGCACAUGGGCCAAGACUUCUGGAACUCGCCGAGCGCGUCGGAACUUCAAAAUGGACCUCUGGCGGCGGCGGGCAGCGGCCUGAUCCAGGCGGCGGCGGCGGCCUCGGAGCGAUGGCGGGUUCAGGGCCGCAGCGGUCAAAGCAAACUAUGCUUCAUAAAUCCUCUCUUCCUGCAGCUGGAAGUCUUGAAGCAUUCAGAACUCCAGAACCACAGUGCCUCGAACAAGCGACACCGUUUCAAGCGCAGCGUGCGACUGCGCCUCUCCGAGUCCUCCAUGAAUCUGUCCCUGGAGGGGGUGGGCUCCUACUCCCCGCCUCCGUCCAUGGAGAUGCCCGCUGGGUCAGAGAGGUUGCGCAACUCUCAUCCCCAGAGGAGAGUUCACUCCGGAGCAGGGGUCCUGAGGAGGACGCCUGCCGUGUCACCGGGGUCCGCGGGGUCCGAGGAAGAGGACGCAAUGGCUGUGCGAGCGCCUCAAGUGGACCAGCCUCCCGAUGUCCAGCAGUCGCCGGCGGCGGCGGCGGCGGCGGAGGGGCCCGCCAUCGAAGUGGCUCUGCUGGCCCCGGAGCGCCGGGCGGCGCCGUCUCUGGCCGAGCUGGACAGCAACAGCUCCCUCAGCAGUCUGGACGAGGAAGACGAUUGGGAUUCCGAUUCCGAGAGCGGGUUCCAGAGCCAGGGCCCCCGGCGGCCGCCGCUGGUGCGCUCGCGAGGCCGCGGCGGACUGCACCGCAUGAGCGAGGCCUUUGUGUGUUUCUUCGCUCCGGACAAGCGUCUGACGCGACUGGUGCGGGAGCUGUCCCGGGACAGGCGCUCGAUUUUCGGCGGGAUGGUGCAGGACUUCCUCCUGGCUCACACGGGCUUGCUGAAAUCGCUAUCGGCCGCCUCGCUAUCCUCGUCGCCGCGUGUGACGUCCGUGCAGCUGCUGCAGGGUGUGCGCCUGUUUCUAUCGCAGGCCAAGUGUUGCUUACUGGAAAGCGGCGAGCUGGAACCUCCCAUCGAAACUUUGGUGCCAGAAAACGAGAAAGAUCUUGCCCUGGAGCGUGCCAUGUUCUCCUGCGUGCUGCGCCCCCUCAAGUCUCACCUGGAUGCCGCCCUGGCGGCGCUACACCGGCAGGACGCGUCCAGCCAGCGCUUCAGCCGCAACCUGGCGCGUCUAAAAGACGAGGACAGCGCCGCCCAACGCUUGGGCGUGCGCACGGGCCUGCCCGACGGGCGGCUGGUGGACAAAGUGAAGCAGAAGUUGGCGCUGAUGCGGCGCACGCAUUCGCCCGUCGACAAAGUUCUGCUGCUGUUGCAGGUCUGCAAGUGCGUGCAGAAGGGCCUGGGCGCCCCGCACGGACAGGAAGUGAGCUGGGAGGAUUUCCUGCCGUCGUUGUCCUACGCCAUCGUGGAGUCCAACAAGCCUCACAUCUUGAUGGAGGUGGAGUACAUGAUGGAGCUCCUGGAGCCAUCUUGGCUCGGCGGUGAAGGCGGCUCCUACUUGACCAGCGUCUUCGCCAGCCUUCAUCUGAUCCAGAGCCUGGACCCGGAGCGGACCAUCACAGGCUGCCUUACGUCCGAGGCCCGGGAGGCGCUGAAGCAGUGGCGCUGUCGGCGAAGCCUCGAGGCUCAGAAGCAGAAGGAGAACCUGCAGCGUCAGAGGUGCGUUCGGAUACUGUUCCAGGACGGGGAGCGGAGCGCCGUGCGGACCUUGCAGUGGCGAGUGGGCGAGAGUAGCCAGGCGCUGGCGCAGCUGUGCGCCGCCACCUUCGGCGUGACUGACCCGCAGCAGUACGCGCUGUACUGGCGCAGCGGCGGCGAGAUGCGACCCUUGCCCCCCCAGGCGCAGCCUCAGGACCUGGCGGGCCACAGCGAGGGAGGCCCCUCCCUCUCCUACCUGAGGACCGACCACGACUUCAGCAAGAUGCGGCGACUCACCAGAGGUGGCGCCGUGGACUUGAGUGAGUCGGUGUGCGAGGAGUGAGCGAGUGCAUGCGAGCGAGCGGAGGAGGAGGGCGGGAGGAAGGAAGGAAGGAAGGAAGGAAGGAAGGAAGACACGCUGACGCCCGCCGUGGGGGCGUUGGGUCGCGCGUGGAACAGAGCGGGAGCGCCUCUGGCUGCGCCUGCUGUGGAGGAGGCUUCCGUUUGCAUGAUGGAGGGGAUGAUGACGUCACAGACGCGCUCAAAGACCUCGAUGCCAAAGUUUCCUGCUGUUGACUUUUAAGAAGGAGACUUUCAAAGUACGAAAAGCUGUUGGUGCAUUUCUGCCAUAUCCUUGAAAGCCGGGUUACGAGGACGCGGGUCCACAGCGCCCCCUCUGGUGUCUGCCGGGACGAGAGGCCAAAUAGGUUCUCUUCUAUCCGUAAAUCAAUUCUAAAUUCUCCUUGUUGAGCAGCCGAUCAGCUCCGGACCUUCUUUAUUGCUUUGCUUUCUCCAACGUCAAUUGUGGCUCACACGUGCUGGCCACCAACCAGCAUGACGUCAGCAGGCCGGCCGAACUCUUAUUGGAAGCUGUUGGCGGCCAUUGGGUCAAUGUGAGCGGAGCAAACUGCCACUGACUGUUGUAUUUCAAACUAGCUUUGAAUGUUCAGCUUGCAACACUAUUCAGGCGUUAACCGGCAAGUGAUGACCAUGAUGUGCUUUCGGCAUAACUGCAUGCGUUCUGAAAACAUCCAGAUUUGAUUUGUAGGCUCUGCAAAAGUGGCGUGUGCAUGUGUUUGCUGUGUGCGCUCACUAUUCCUUUUCCUUGUAAAUGUGCCAGGUCAUUUGCAAUCAUUAAAAGAAUACAAAAAAAUCAAAAAAAGGUGUGCAGCUGUGGGUA